AUGAAAUUGUCGCACCUUGCAACCGCCCUGGGCAUGUCCCACCUCGCUGCAGCCAGCGUCGCCAACACAGCCGCCAGAGGACCCUACGAUGCAGCCUUCGACCAACACUGCGGGAGCGGCCAAGCUCAAGGAACGCUCACCGUCGACGGAAAGACCUUUUCCUACUACUGCAAUGUCGCCCAGAGCACCGGCAACAGCUAUUACAUCAAACUGAGCACGCCCGAGAAGUGCACCGACGUCUGCGACGACGACGAUGACUGCGACACGGCGGUGUGGGACCGCUCCCAAGGACAGUGCUGGCUGGGCCAGGGUACUGGAAACCGCGUCCCUUUCGCUGGUCGUAUGGUCAUCGCCGAGCUGGAUCCGCUGGCCAAGUGUGAGGCCAGCCUGAGUAAAUACCGACCUGGGGCCCCGACCUGUGCGGCUAGUGAUCGGAAGAUCGCGGAGGUGGACGACACGAGGUUCUAUAUCGUUUGUGGUCAAGUACCCCCGACCAUGACGCAACAGACCGGCACUUUCAACAACCUGGAAGACUGCCUAAGACCGUGCACAACUAUCUCAACUUGUUCAUUUGCAUCUUUCGAGAACAAGAAAAAUCUAUGCUUCCAUAGCUCGGAGGAUUUCAUCUCGUCCAAGCCAAACUACUAUUCGAACUGGGACACUGGUGUCAAGAUCCCCAAGUAA